CACUCUGAUACACACGAACCCCCCCCCCCCCACCCUCCGUCUCCCCCGUCUCUCUCAUUCCGGGAAGGAACUGCUGACAAAGGCGCACAACGUGUGUGCCUGGUUCCCUUGCUGACCUUGUUUGAACGAUCCUCUGUCCCUCCUCGCUUCUUGCCUUACUUGUCAUACUUUGUGUUUCGUGCCCUCCUUCUCUCGUGUGGCAGCAGUGUGCAGUGUGUUGUUUGUUGAACCUUCUUCGGAUUAGCGUGUGUGUGUGUGUGUGCGUGUGUGUGUAUGAGUGCAUUGCCUCUCUCUCUCUCUCCCUCUCUCUCUCUCUCUCUCUCUCUCUCUCUCUCUCCCUCCCUCUCCCUCUCCCACUCUUUCUCCACAACUAGCUAGCUUUGUUGUAGUUUGCCUGUGUUGGUGUUGGUUUGUCCUUGCGCUCGUCUGCCCUUGUUGAAGCCACAUCACAAGAGCGAGUGACAACAUACAGUGAGAAACACAGACAGAGAGCGCUAAACGUCUAGCUUUGCAGCACCUGUUGACACGUCGCCUCACCUCCCUCGCGCGCCACAACGACCAACACUUCUUCCACCCUCCUCUCCAAACACCAUGCCCCCGUUCCGCCACGCGCUCAGGAUGAGCUUCGACACAGCCAAAGCCGUUCUGGCGAAAUCAUUCCCGGAGCACAAGGCAUUUCCCUCAUCCAAGUUUGUCACUGAAGCCAACAAUGUACUGAUGGCUCGCGGCUACAGCAAGGAGAACACGCUGUUUGCGUCGUCCUGCUGCUCUGAUGAGAUCAACCGCCUCCUCGACUAUCAGAUGAACUCCUGGGGCGAGCACUUCCAGCUUGGCGGCCUUGCUGGUUUCCCCUUUGUUGGCCGCACGGGCUUUGCCGCUUACCAGUCCCACAUGCCUGAGAAAGACGGCAGGCUGUUCAUCAUGUGCGCUGCGCACGUGGGUGUGUCGCGUGCGGGCAACCUCGGCUACUGCAACCGCCCCGGUAUGGAGAGCGAGUCCAAGGCGUGCGGGUCGGCACUUGGCGCCUACAGCCACCUCCUCGAAAACAACGGCUGCGAUGGUGAUGGCACCGCUGCAGAGGCGCUCGCUGUUCACGAUCUGCAGCAGCACCUCAUCACGCGUCUUGUCAAGAAACACUUUGACGACAUCAAGAAAGCCGAUGACCCGAUCGCCAAGCUGUCGCUUGUGGUUGCGGAGGAGAACUACAACGAGGUGUGCGCCAUCAUCCCGCCCGACUACGACCGCAGCGAGGUGGCAAUUCUCGCCGGUCUUCAAGUCAACACGGACACUGAGGUGGACGACUUUUUCAUUCCGCUCCAUUUCAAAAUUCGCGGCAAGGACGGCGCUUAUCAGGAUGUGUUUGGCGAGCUUAUGUCCAAGCUCGAGUGAGCUCUCCCCCUGUUCCGCUGUCGUUGUGUGCAACCCAUCGCACCUCGACACGUGACACCGGCCCGUGCUGACGUACUUGUUGUUGUCGGUGUGCUUGCUUGCUUGUCCAGCGUGCACGCUUGCCCACUUGCUUCCUCCUUGCCCGUUGUUUCCCCCAUUCUCUUGGUUGUGUUGCCGUUCAUGCUUGUGUUGCUGCUUCCAAUUCCACUCUUGGCUGUUGCUUUUCUUCGUGCAUGCGUUCGAAGUUGUGCCCAUGCUUCCUCUGUUGACCCAUCCUGUUGACCCCGCUCCCAUGCUUUCAUGCUGACCCCCGUGCAAGUAAAAGCAAUGUCGUCUGCCGUUUCAC